AUGGUUGAAAUUUUUUCUAUUGGCAAGAAUAACAAGGCUCAGGCCUUGGAAAAGGCCGAAUUAAAAAAAUUAGAAGGGAAUAGAUCCUUUUCUGAAAACAACUUCAUAUCGGCAAUUGAACACUAUUCAGAAUCCAUACGCCUAGUAGAGGACUCCCAUUUAGUUUCCAAUUUAAAAAAGGAAGGAUAUAAUUGGAUCACCCCUGAACUCAGGAAGACAAAUCUCCACCAAUACUAUUCAAACCGUGCUAUUUGUAACAUAAAGAUAGAAAAUUAUGGUUCCGCAAUCUCCGACGCCAACGUGGCAAUUCAACUCAGGCCUGAUUUUUUUAAGGCUUAUUAUCGUAGAGGCUGCGCAUAUCUCUGUUUGCUAAAGUUUCAGGAUGCAGAAACAGACUUUUUGAAGGUUCUUUCCCUGUGCAACGAUCCUACAGCUAGGAUGAAGUUGAAAGAGUGUAAAAAGAUAAUUCGUGAACAGAAGUUUUCCGAAGCUAUAACCAGAGAGUCACCUCCACCCUUACAUGAAACCAUCAAUGUCGACUCUAUUCAAGUUGACCAGGGUUAUACCGGCCCAGCAUUUUCAUUUAAGGAGCCAAUCAAUCACCUUGAUAAGUCGUACCUUUUCCACAACACCUUGGAGUAUCUCAAGGUUCCCGGAAACACUAUUCACAAGAAGUAUGUGUGUAUGAUAAUAUUGGAGGUGAUAAAAAUAAUAAGGGAGUAUGAAUCUGUUGUCGAUCUUAAUAUAUACCCGUGUGAUGAGUUAACUGUUUGCGGUGAUAUUCAUGGUCAGUUCUAUGAUUUGUUGAACAUUUUCUCCAUUAACGGAGAACCUACUGAUGAAAACAGUUAUUUGUUUAACGGGGAUUUUGUCGACAGGGGUUCAUUUUCUUUUGAGUGUGUUUUUACUUUGUUUCUCGCCAAGGUCUUAUUUCCCUCUUCUUUCCACAUUGUUAGGGGGAACCAUGAAACUGAAGCCCUUAACAAGUGUUACGGGUUUAAGGGAGAAAUUUUGAACAAGUAUGAUGAGAAAGUAUACAAUCUCUUCUGCGAAUCUUUCCGAUACUUACCACUAGGUUACCUAAUAAAUAAAAAGGUUCUCGUUAUCCACGGAGGACUGUUUGGCACUGAAAACGUCACUAUUGAAGACCUCAAAAAGAUAGACAGGUUCAAAGAACCUUCAGAUUCAGGAUUAAUGACAGACAUGCUAUGGUCUGAUCCCAAACCUUCCAAUGGAUUAUCACCAUCCAAGAGGGGUGUAGGUUUUGAAUUUGGGCCCGACAUAUCUAACUCAUUCAUAUCGAAAAACAACCUUUCAUACAUUAUAAGGUCUCAUGAGGUAAAGCAGGAAGGUUACGAGGUUGAACACGAUGGCAAGGUUAUCACCAUUUUCAGCGCUCCAAACUAUUGCGACCAAAUGGGAAACAAAGCAGCCUUCAUAAGGAUUAAAGGUGAUACUCUUGAGCCGAGGUUUACACAGUUUGAGGCUGUUGAACACCCUCCCAUAAGAGCCAUGCAUUACGCAAAUCCGCUAUUCAGUGGAAUUUAUUAA